AUGGUAACUAUGCCCUCAGUUGGACGAGCUCGGGAACGACCUCCGACUUCGAAAGCAUUGACCUCGGUGUCGAUGGUGGAAAUACUGGUCGACGAUGGCGAUGAUGGUAGCGAGGUCGAUGUGGUGGAGGCCGGCGAACUGGGAACCGUCACGGCUACGGCCGAUCUCUACGACGAUCGACUCGGAGACACCGUUGGCUGCGACCCCGACGGGUGCACGGCAGCGCUAACAAGGGAUGGCGACAUGUCCGAGGAUUCCAGGUGGUCGUGUGCUCCCGAGCUCGGCGGCCUCUGCAGCAUCUCUUACGACCGUGGGGCUGAGUACCGCAUCGACGAGCUUCAACUCGGUGAUUGUGGUAGCAGAGCACAGGGGCGCACUGAAAACGUCCAUCCGGGGCUGUGUGCUUGGUGGCGUGUAAAACCCUACGUCUAA